AUGGACGCGCCUGGCGCGACUGAGCCUACAGAGGAUGCCCAUCAGGACAGCCUGGCACAUGACCCUUCCGUGCAGCAAAGAACCAACGACCACAGCUUUCGGCCCGAACAACCUGCGGAUGGAGACGAAGAUGAGGAUGAUAAGGGUAGCGGAGAGGCAGACACUGAAGAAGAAGAGGAAGAUGACGAUGACGACGUAGAGGAGCCUCAGCUCAAAUACCUGUAUCUCACGAAAAAUCUGAGCGCGGUGUACCGCAAUGGCGACGCAACCAGCUCAUUCCUUACCGCGGGCGAUAAGAUGAUUAUCGGAACACACAAUGGAAACAUUCAUGUGCUUUCCUUGCCUCUAUUUCAGUCGCUUCGGAUUUAUCACGCACACUCAGCGAGCGUUACUUCGAUUUCAAUCUCUCCGUUCCCUCCUCCUUUACCGAGCAUCAAAGCAGAGAACGUCACCAGAACGGCCACGGAAGAUCAAGCUGUUCCUACUCGAUCCUCGGCCAGCCUUCGUGGCCACAAUAAAUCAAGCCAUCAAACAGCUCCACCCGCAACGCCCUCCAAUUCCAUUUACAUCGCGACUUCCUCUAUCGAUGGUAAUGUAUGCGUUGCCUCUUUAGUUGAUACUAAAGAUGUCCUUCUACGGAACUUUGGGCGGCCUGUCCAAGCCGUUGCACUAUCACCAGAAUACAAAAGUGAUCGAACAUUCCUGUCUGGAGGGCGAGCGGGUGAACUGAUUCUUACGACUGGUGGACGAGUGGGUGUGAGCACGAACUCGACGACAAUGGGAGGCGCCGCAGCUGCGGCGUCCAGCUGGCUUGGAUCGAUCGGGUUGGGAACCAAUACCGGCAGGGAUACCAUAUUACACAGCGGGGAGGGUGCUAUCAGCACGAUUAAAUGGUCGUUGUCGGGGAAAUACGUCGUAUGGGUCAAUGAAGAGGGGAUCAAGAUUAUGCGGUCGAACCUACAUCUGGACUCAGCGGACUCUGAGCUUGCUUGGAAACGAAUUAGCCACAUCGACCGUCCGAACGGCCCUGGAUGGGAAGAAAUGGCCGGCGUCUGGAGAGCUCGAGCUGACUGGGUGGACGAAGAUUCUCUGCGCUGGGAGGAUAAUGUGAAGUCCCAGCAGGAAGAACCUCAUCUUGACGCUCCCGCCGCAUCGGAUGUAGUUGCGACGAAGGAGAAUGUAGAGAGGCUCGUCGUGGGUUGGGGAGGGACUGUUUGGGUCAUCAAUGUGUAUCCCGACCGGCCAAACAAAAACAAUAAGGACCUGAAGAUAGGAUCUGUCCAAGUCUCCACGAUCUUGCGGACUGACUGUAUUAUAUCGGGCAUUUCAUUAUAUACACCAAACCUUAUAGCUGUUCUUGCAUAUAUUGAGGCCGAGGAAGAGAAUGUUUCGGAAGAGCGGAUGAAGCAGAGCGUUCUUCGUCCUCGCACACACCGCCGUCCCCGGGGCCUGGAACCCGAGCUUCGCAUUAUUGAUAUUGAUACGAAAGAAGAGCUCAGCGCCGAUACACUUACAGUAAGUCGCUAUGAAAAUCUCACUUCUUCAGACUACCACAUGUGCGUCAUACCGCCGUGGAAAUCAUCAGUGCCUGUGUCUCAACGUGGGGCUCUGGAAACACUUGGAAAUGGCUUCUGGGACGCGACGAUGUACCCCGCGAGGUUGUUCAGCUCUGGUGCAAGUAUCCGGAGCACAACAAGUAGCGGUGACAAAGGUUCGAUCAGAGCGCCAAGUAUACUGGCCUCGAAACGGAUGCCGAAUGAAGAACCUGUGUCUAAAGAAGUACAGGACAUUGCAGCAAGCGCUGGUCCCAAGAUCUUCAUCCACAGCCCUUACGACUGCGUGGUUGCGGCGAAAAGAGACCUUUCAGAUCGUCUAGCUUGGUUAGAUGCACAUGAGAAAUACGAAGAAGCGUGGAAGCUCCUGGAGGAGCAUCCAGAGGCGGCGGGAACACAGGAAAUUUCGGAUAAUAUUCCAGGUAUCUCAACAAGGUCCCAGAGCAGCUUGGGUGACUUCUUCGCCGAUGAUAGAUCAUCCAUUACGACUACUGGUCGAGCUGUAGCUUCUGCCGCUGACCAAGAGAAGCGCCGAAUUGGUGAGCUAUGGAUCAAACAAUUGCUCGAGCAAGACGACUGGAGUCGAGCCGCUGAAGUUUGCGCGAAGGCAAUACAGACCACUUCUGCAUGGGAGCAUUGGGCGUGGACUUUUGUGAAGAAUAAGAAGUUUGACGAAAUCUCUUCUGUUAUUCCGACAGAUUUUCAUCCGCCCUUGUCGCCGGACAUAUAUGAGGAAGUCCUGAGUCAUUAUGUCUCUCGAGAUCGGCACAGAUUCAGCGAACUCUUGGAUUCCUGGCCUUUCACGCUGUUUGAUGUUAAUCGUGUAACGGCAGCUGUCGAAGAACAGUUGGAUCCCAGGACGGUGCCACCUGAAACAGAGGACUGGCGGAUCCUUACCAAAUGCCUUGCCAAGCUCUAUCUGGCCGGAGGUCAUUAUAACGAAGCAUUGCACUGUUACAUUCGACUACAGGAUGCGGACACGGCCAUGGCUUUGAUCAAGGAGCACCGCUUGCUGGACGCUCUUUCAGAUGAUAUCCCCGCAUUUAUCAUGAUUCGAGUUUCCAAGCAACAGAUGAAAAUGGCUCCAGUUUCCGAACUGGAAGAGAUAACUGCCGAGCCAAUCAAGCUUCUCGUCAGCGAAGCGUAUACUGGAAUUGUGCGCCCUGAGGUCGUGGUCACUCAGCUUAAAGAUGCAAAUCGGCUUCUUUUUCUUUAUUUCUACCUCCGUGCUCUCUGGCGAGGAGAGUCGCUUCCGCACAGCGCUGCAAAGCCACGCAGAGGUCACGGUGCUGGAAUUCGGGACGCAGCAAGCAAACUAGCAGCUGAUGAGGGCAAGGCGCUAGUUGAUAAUUUCGCUGAUACCGCCGUGGAACUUUUCGCCGACUACGACCGUCCAUUGCUGAUGGAGUUUUUGCAAGUUAGCACCGCGUACUCCUUUGACACAGCGGUUGCCGUCUGCGAGAGCCGCCACUUCACGUCGGAGCUCAUCUAUCUCCUAUCUAAGAUGGGACAGACGAAGAAGGCACUGAACUUGAUUCUAUCCGACUUGAAGGAUGUCUCGCAGGCGAUAUCGUUUGCCAAGGCGCAAGAUGAUCCUGAUCUCUGGGAAGAUCUUCUCGACUACUCGAUGGACAAGCCCCGUUUCAUCCACGGGCUCCUUGUCGAGGCCGGCACGUCCAUCGACCCAAUCAAACUUGUCAGACGCAUCCCAAGCGGACUUGAAAUCGAAGGGCUGCGGGAAGGACUCACCCGCAUGAUUCGUGAACAUGACCUGCAGGCGAGUAUCAGCCAGGGUGCCGCCAAGGUCCUUCAAAGCGAAGUGGCUGUUGGCAUGGACACUUUAAGAAAAGGACAACAACGAGGUAUUAAAUUUAAUAUCACCGAAGAGAAGACCGUCUCCGACAUCGGCGACAAAGAUGAAGUGAACAGCAACGCUGGUACAGAGAAAGGCUUGUCGCCAUCAAGCCCGUCUACGUUUCAACCAGGGAGGUGUGCGGGAUGCCAUCUCCCUUUCUAUCCCAAUGAAAAGGAAAUCCUCGUCGGCUUCGCAUGUGGACAUGUCUUCCACCUAUCACACGUUCACUCUGAUGAUACUUCAACAGCCUCGGACGGAAACCAGUCCGGAAUGCAGACCCCACGCCCACUGCCAGAGAUCGGCAUAUCCACCCUGAAUGAACUCCCGCUGUCCGCGUCUCGCACUGUCGGCGCCAAGGUGACCACCGCGCGGCUCUUGAGAGAUCGGAUUGGCAAUGGCUGCCGCAUCUGUUCCCUGGCCAAAGAAAUUGAGGCGUUGGGUGAGUCCGAGAUGUGA